UGGUCAAUUUUUUUUUUGGGCUGGCAUCAUUGACCACUAAUAACCAACCCUAGCGUAGCAGGGCAGGACUCGAAAUCCGCACGCAUCGCCAAGCCGACAAGGAUAGCAAGCAGCAGGCCGCCGAAUCGCCUCCGGCCCCCGCCCCUUUUUAGAAUUUUAGUUCCGUUCCUUUGCUGCUGCUCGAUUUCAUCGAUUGAUUCCCCGAGGCGUGGCAGGUUGACAUGGGAUCCGAGGCACCUUUCUUCCUCUUGCUCCUCUUGCUGCUCGUCGCCCGGGCACCUGCACAAGCCAGGGAUGCUGCUGUUUUUGUGGAUCUUCACGUAAUUGAGCUCCCAGACCACAGCCCUGUCUACAAGGAACAUGUUCCUGUCCAUCUCAAGAGCAGCAGCCCGCUAUGCUCAGCUUGUGAAAACUUCGCGAGUGGUGCUGUCACUUAUCUAAGUGAGAAACAAACACAAGAUAAGAUCAUGAAAUUACUUCAUGAUGCUUGUUCUCAGUCAUUCUCCUUGGAACAGAAGUGUGUUGAAUUGAUGGACUCCUAUGCAACUCUGCUGUUUGCCAAGAUUUCGGAGAUCAAGCCAGAAGAGUUCUGCAAACAGUAUGGCCUGUGCAGGGAAACCGCCCUUUUCUCUGGUGUGGGAAGUGACAGCUCUUGUGAGUUUUGCCACCACCUGCUUGAUGAAAUUAUGUCCAAACUGAAAGAUCCAGAUGCAGAGUUUGAGAUAAUUCAAAUUCUCAUCAAGGAGUGCAAUAAGAUCGAAGGUCAUGUCCAGCAGUGCAAGAGAUUGGUCCUGCAAUACAUUCCCCUCAUCCUGGUCAAUGGUGAGAAGUUCCUUGAGAAGAAUGAUGUGUGCGCACUCGUACAAGCGUGUCCAGCCAGUCAAAAGACUACAAUCAGCUCAUUCUUGGACGAGGGAUUGGUGGGCGAUGCAUGAAGAUUGGAAGAUUACACAAAGCGCACGGUGAUGGUAGUAUUCCUUGUACAUAAGGCGAUAAACCAAUGGCUUCUGUAUUGUGCCCAUGUAUUCUUCGAAACCCUUAUAUUGUGUAUACAAUUGUUUUAGAUACCAAUGUGUUAAUAUUCUGGGAGCUGAAAGAAAUAUCAUGUGCUAGGCUACGGAUGCUGUCAAUAACUUGUCAAGACAUAUUUCAGAUGUAGGGAAAUGAAACAGCAAGAUUGUUCGUAAUUUA